AUGUCUGUCGGUGUGGGCGAAGCAUGGGCGAAGCCGAAGCGGGCGUCUAAAAAUAGGCAUCCCGAGCCGCCUUGGCGCUUAAGACCACACCGUUCGGCACCACAGAACGACUCUUCUGUGUUGGACUUGACGUCUCCACAGUUCGCAUAUAGCACUAACCCAUGCACUACUAGCGUUACGGUGCACGCUGAGCAGGGCUCCGCCUCGCCUCGCCUUGCGUUCCUCCCUCCCUCCCUUAUCUUCUCCGUCUCCUCCGAGGAUGUCCCUCAUGUCCCUGCUCCUGCGUCCGCCCCGACUCGGACACGCAUGGAACUAGGAAAGGACACGCACUUCUGGGUGUUGCACAACGAAUCGAUUCUACUCCCUCCCUGGCCACUCACCACCACCACACCACUACCACCACCACCCAACUUCAAGGAAAUGGCUACCAACCUUAACCUCUCCGAAUGUACCGCAACGUUCCGCACCAAAGCGCACUACGAGCACCGCGACAGGCUGCAGCACGUCACCGGCACCUUAACUCACCCCACCCUGGGCGAGCUUGCCACUGUAAGCUGCCUCCAGAUCCACGGCCGCAUGUGGUUCAAGCGCCACGGCGACUUCCUCGAGAUGAUGGAUGACGACAGUCAGGAGUUGCACGAGUUCUCGGUGACGCUGUUUGAUAAGGACAGUAAUGUGCGUCCGUGGCUUGUGGAUGGAGGGGGUGCGAGGAGCGGCUCGGGGUGUUGGGGCAUGGAGCUGAGCGUUGGGGAUAUGUUGUACAUUAAGGAUUUGAAUGUCAAGGAGGAGUUCAGGAGACGCGGUGUCGGCUCGUACCUCCUUCAGAAACUCUUGGAGUCACCGCAUAUGGGAUACAGAGGCCAUGCGUUCUGUUGGCCGACGCCGAUUGGCUUUAGGGGCGACAAGGCUGAAUGGGCGAGAUUGCAGGCCGCAAUCACUGCCUUCUACCGUAAGAACGGCUUCCGCCGCAUCGGGCUCACAUCCUUCCUCGCCUAUUCCCCUGACCCAUCCCACCCCUCGCGCACGCUCGACGCAGCCUCCGACCCCGAAACGCCCUCCAUAGAGUUCGGCUCCAACAACCCCAAUGCCCCAGAUCUCAGUGCCGACGAAACGAAAGCGCAGUACCCCCUCCACUGCGCGAUCUCCAACACCAAAGAUCCCUCUAUCAUCCAGCUUAUCCGGGUAGCGCACAAUAUCGAUGCGGCCAGUAUCAGGAAGCACGACGUCAACGGGUUGACGCCCGUGCAUAUAGCCGCUUCGGGCGAGAACUUGCAUGCCCUGCGUGUACUGCUGGAGCUCGACCCGAGUGGGAUAGCCAAGGAUUUAAAGGACGCACACAACAGGGAGGGGAUGACGCCCCUUGAGGCGCUGAGGUCAUCGAUGCGCUCGAUUAGGGAGUUCAGCGAGACCUUGUUGAGUGCAUGGAAGGGCUAUACGGACGAGGGGCUGCGUUGUGAGUAUAUCAUGACGAAAGCGAUGGGGUUGCCGCUGGGGGUGGGGGAGGAGACGGAGGAAGAGUAUGUGAAGAAGAGGAAGUUUGGGUGUACGUGUGGGAAAUGCACGGGUGGGUGGCUGUCGCCUAGGAUGAGGUUCCGUCUGACAGCUCAAGCGGACAUUCAACAUGACAUGCUCCGUAUGGAAGACUACCAGUUUGAAGCGCGCCGCCCCCUCUCCUCCGCCGAGCUCCUCUACAGCACGCUGGACUACGUCCCACUCGUCAUCCGGCAGGAAAUCUACAAGACAUUCUACGUUGGGUUCUACACGAUCUUCCACGCGAUAUCCCUCGUGCUCGGAAGACGACCGCAGGGGCCAGCCAGUAUACCGACCCCUCAGGUGGUUCUAAUUGAGGCGCUCGCACUCGAACCCAGAGCUGUACAGUUCUACCUGGGCAAGGGGGGAAAGGUGGAGUAUGUCCUUGACGCAACGGUGGAUAUCGCGAGGGAGCAAUCGGCGCUUGGGGACGGAACGUUCGAGGAGACGUUCGAUACUGAUGAAGUCGGAGGUGGGCAAGGCGAGAGAUAUGUGGAAUUGCCGAAGUGUGCAAAUGAUUUGGAGUUCGAUAUCGUUAGGAGGAACAUUGGGCUUGCAGGGGGUCUUGUGUGGGGGCCUUAUUAUGAAAGGGACGAGGAUGAGGAUGGGAUGGAGGUUGAUGACGAUGACGACGAUUCGGACUGA